AUGAGUGCAGCGGAGAUGAAGAUGUUGAGGCGGAUGUAUGAAAAGACCAGGAGAGAUAGAGUUAUUGUUGUUGUUGUUGUCUCUCAGUAUGGAAGGAUUUUGGAUAUUGUUGCGUUGAAGACACCAAAGCUUCGAGGUCAAGCAUGGGUUGCAUUUGCUGAAGUUACAGUUGCUAGUAAUGCAGUGCGUCAAAUGCAAAACUUUCCAUUUAAUGACAAGCCCAUGCGGAUACAAUAUGCAAAAGCAAUGUCAGAUUGCAUUGCAAGGCAGAUGCCUGGGAAGCAGCAAGGCCUAGCUGGUAUUGCUUUUGUAGAGUUUGAAGAUGAUGUGCAGUCGUCGAUUGCCAUGCAGGCCCUUCAGGGCUUCAAGAUUACUCCCCAAAACCCCAUGGCCAUCAAUAUUAUGCCGAGAAAUAAUUAAAUUUAGUGGUAUGUGUCCUAAAUUUUCUGAGAAAUGUGAUGGUUAUGGGAGCCAUGUGCACACUGUAAGUCUGUAACCAUAUGAAUCUUCAACACAAUUAAAUUAAAAAAUGGU